AUGUUAUAUAAUAGCCCACCAAAAUAGAAAUUAGUACACUACUAAACUUGAUUACAUAAACUGGCAGGAAGAAGAAUAAUGGCUAAUCUUAUUGAGAAGGGGACUAAGAUCAUCGGUGUUGGCCGUAACUAUAUCGACAACAACCCCGCUCCGUUGCCUAAGGAACCAGUGUUGUUCUUGAAGCCAACAUCAUCAUACUUGGAAAAUGGAGGAACAAUUGAAAUCCCAGCUUCAAUGGAGCAAGUUUGGUAUGAAGCUGAGCUUGCUGUUGUUAUUGGCAAGAAAGCUCGCGAUGUUUCUGAGGCCGAGGCCUUGGAUUACGUUGGAGGUUAUGCUCUAGGACUUGAUGUGACAGCAAAGGAACUCCAAGCUACUAUUAAGGCUACAGGUCUUCCAUGGCUACUAGCUAAGGGACUCGACACGUUUACACCCAUCAGUGAAAUGAUUCCCAAAACUGCAGUGCCUGAUCCUCAUGACUUGGAGUUGUGGCUAAAGGUUGAUGGAGAAUUAAAGCAGAAGGGAUCAACACAAGAUAUGAUAUUCAAGAUCCCGUACCUCAUCAGCCACAUCAGUUCUUUCAUGACACUUUUAGAAGGAGAUGUUAUCCUAACCGGCACCCCAGAAGGUAUUGGGCCAGUGAAACCAGGCCAGAAAAUUACUGCUGGUAUAACAGGUCUGGUAGAUGUUAAUUUCAGUGCUGAGAGACGGAGCACACCAGUAAGCAAUUAAUCGCGAUGUUUAGGACUGCCAUUUCCAGUGGAAGCAUCAAUUGUUUAUUUCAAGUUAUUUGUUUAAGUUGCUGAUGAUUUCAUACCUUUCUCCAAGCUGGAAAGUAUCAGUAACAUAAUAAAUUGUUGCAAGAUUUGAGCUUAUUAAGUUAUGUAUUCUUGUACAAUAUCAAGUUAAGAAUAAGAAUUGUGUAUGUAACUAGGAAGAACAGUUUCCCAAGAGAAUUUAAAUUUGCAACUAGAGUAAGGGUCUGGUUCUUGGCUAAAAUUUUGAGUUUCUCUUAGUCAAAUAAAGAAAUCAAAUGUGUAUUUCUUUAA